AUGGAUUUAAACAUAAUGGAUAAGCUGCGUCUCUUAAAAAUAGACACAGAAUUGCGUCCACAAAUAAAGAUGAAACCAAUGAGUAGAUACUAUUUUAUCGCUUCGACCAACCCUGGGGAGCAAUUUUAUAUGUUCGCAUCUGUAGCCGCUUGGCUCAUCAGAAAAACCGGUAAAGACUUCGAACAGCCACACGAAGAAGAUGACCCUAAUACUAUAAUCACAAAUAUAAUCGAUUUCCUAAGAGAAAAGGAUAUUUCCGUUGAAGUUUCUCCUAAUAAACUGAAACCGGGUAACGGUGAACAAGUGUGUCAUAUUCUGAACGUUUUAGCGCAAGAAGCGAUGAGAGCACAAAAUUUCGAAUGGCAAAAACCGAUUGUAGACAUUCACGAGACUGAAGAAAACACGGAUGACUUGGACCAAGUUGAAGAUGAAACUGAAAUAAUCCUUGAUAAGGUGGAAGAAGAAAUGGAAAUAUAUUCAGACGAGUCUGACGAUGAAUACGGCGAUGUAGAGGAAAAGGAAUCAAAUAAUAUUAGUAAUAAAGUUCAUGAUUGGGAGGCAUGGAAAUUGGAACUGGAGAGAGUAGCACCAGCGUUGAGACUUAAGAUAACUGCGGACGGUCGUGAUUGGCGUGCGAGACAUGCGCAAAUGAGGAGUUUCAGGGACGACUUAAUGGAUAAGUUCAAAACCACAGGAACUCAAUUGAACAAACUGCACUCUAACAUAAGUUCGGUGAUAGACAAAAUAACAUCCAGGGAGAAUAUAAUAAAUGAACAAUUCGAGCCUUCGGUGAGAGAGUACGGUUCACUGCUAGACGAACUGAAUAAAGUCACGCAUGAGUAUCAGGAAGUUAGUGUUGGUGUUACUGAGAGACAAGAAACGCUGAAUGAAAUCACCGCUAAAGUAGAAAAUAUAAAGCAAAGGACGGAAUCUAGAGGGUCCUCAAUGAACGACAACUCUCCUCUAGUGACGGCAAAGAAAGCAGUCUCGAUAUUGAAGAAGGACAUACAAGAGAUGGAUUUCCAGAUUAUAAUCUUGCUGUGGUUUUUGACGACUAAGGAGAAUCCAAAUAACAAUAAUUUUCUAGCAAACGCCGAAUCUAGAAUAGUUGCGACCGAAGCUUACUGA